AUGAGUUCUCUCCAAAUUCUCAAAAUUGCCAGAGGGAUUAUCCCUCCAUUGACAAGUAGCUUGCAUAAAGGACAGCUCGGAAAGAUCGGCGUUAUUGGGGGAUGUCUGGAGUACACCGGAGCUCCUUUCUAUGCAGGAAUAUCGGCUAUGCGUGCGGGAGCUGACUUAGUUACUGUCAUCUGCUCCGAAGAAGCCGGAAUUCCUAUCAAAUGCUAUAGUCCCGAAUUGAUUGUGUAUCCAGUGAUAACCUUAUCGAAAGAAAUGUAUCGGGUUAAUGAGCUGGCGGUGCUGAACAUUGAAAGAGUGAAAAAGCUAUUCCCUAGACUCGAUUCGAUUGUGAUCGGUCCCGGAGCAGGGCGUAAUCCUUCAAUGAUCCAGACUCUGAAAGGUCUCAUUCUGUAUGCGCUCGAAAUCAAGAAGCCAUUAGUGGUUGAUGGAGAUGGUCUUUGGGUGCUUACUCAAUACCCCGAAAUCUUCUCCGACAUUGACUUUAAAACACAAAACGUGAUUCUGACUCCGAACCAAAUGGAAUUCACGCGUCUCUGGAAUCGUGUCAUGAACGAAAACCAAAAUCCCUCCGAUCUCACACAGACCGACGAAUUUGUGCGAUCCCUCUCCUCUGCACUCCACGGACCCGCCAUUCUUCAGAAAGGCGCCAUCGACCGCAUUUCGGAUGGCAGCGAAGUGGUUUGUAACGACAGUCCGGCUUCUUUACGGCGUUGUGGAGGGCAGGGAGACAUCGUGGCAGGCGUUGCAGGGCUCAUGAAUUUGUGGUCGAAGCGGGCAGAAGCGGGCGAGAUGAGCGCAGCGAUGCGAGCGGCGAUAGCGACGUCGGGGAUUGUGAGAGAAGCGGGAAGACGCGCGUUUGAACGAGAGAAACGAAGAAUGACGGUGAUGACGGUGAUUGAAGAAGUGGGAGAGACGGUGGAGGAAAAAGGGGAAGAGGAGUGA